UUUAGUCAGUUAGUCAGCUAGUGUCAUCGAGGACGCUCACAAUUUUUGUUCCGCGUACCCGUCAUCGGUGCAGUGCGGCGCGACGUGGAUGUUCAGUUUAGUGUAUGCACAUACGAAGAAGCCGGAUCGAGUCGUAUUGCGAGGGGAAACACGCGUCUGGAUUCGCUGCCUGCCUGUGCCAGUGCAGUGUCUCUGUGUGAUUGGGGAUGUUAGUGACGACCUAUGAGCGCGCGCAGCUCAGUUCACUCCGGUCGGCUAUCAUGUAAAGUAGCCAUACGAUGCGGUCGCAAGUGUUGUUUUGAGCGGUGUGUUUUGGUUAUAAAAAUACUGAAUAGCUGGAAAACGUGCCAAAGCGGAUUUUGAUCCUUUUUAUCCCAAAUGAGCUGAAUAUAUAGUGGCCGAGCCAAAGAAAAUCGGCAACAUGGUUGUCUACUCAUACAGUGUUUCGAUAUUCGCGACCAUUAGUGCCGGAUUGGUCUUCGUGUUCGGAAUUAUAGGAAAUCUCCUCACAGUAAUAGCACUCCUGAAAUACCAAAAACUUCGAAAACACCCAACGACAGUGUUCGUGCUGUCCCUCAGCAUAUCAGAUCUCUUCUUUUGUGCGGUAAAUAUGCCACUGACAGCAAUAAGGUUCAUUAAUCAGCAAUGGACUCUUGGCGAGGACUUGUGUAAAGUGUUCCCGGUGUUUUUCUACGGUAAUGUAGCAGUAUCAGUACUCAGCAUGGUUGGUCUAACCAUCAACCGUUAUACAUUGAUACUUCAUCCUAGUCGAUAUUCUAAGAUAUACACUCCAAUCAGCUUGUUUUUGCAACUGUUUUUGAUUUGGGGGUUUUCAUUUGGUAUAAUGUUGCUUCCAUUGUUUGAAGUAUGGGGUCGACUAGGCUUGGACGAGGAAACUUUCUCCUGUACCAUUCUCAAGAAGAACGACAGUUCACCGAAGAAAUUCAUCUUUCUAUUUGGCGUCUUGGUUCCAUGUAUAGUCAUCUCAAUUUCCUACUCCUGCAUAUUCUAUGCGGUGCACAAACAGAGAUCAAAGCUGAAAGCGCACAAUGCCAAUGCAUCGGGCAGGAUUGAGUCGUUUUUCCGCAACAAGGAAGAUUGUCGGUUAACAGUGACACUGCUAACAAUAUAUCUCUGCUUCCUGAUAUGCUUCUUUCCACUGAUGCUUGCCAACGUGAUCGAAGAUGAUGGUUCGCAUGCUAAUCUGCACGUGUUUGCUUCGGUGCUCGCGUGGAUGUCGGCAGUCAUCAAUCCAUUCAUUUAUGCUAUCGGCAGUCAGAAUUACAGGCACGCUUAUACGAAACUCCUCUCGGAAAUGUGUUUCUGGAAGACAAAUGUCGAACUGCGAUCAUUCGACGAGAUCAAUAAAUCGCGAACGGUAGACCAUUUAUAGCAACACAAACCGGUGAUCAUUAAUGCAGCGAAUAAAAGACUUAGCUUUAUUCUCGUUAUCGAA